AUGCUCGCCCGGGCCCUGCUGCUCUGCGCCGCCGUGGCGCUCUGCGGUGCAGCAAAUCCUUGCUGUUCCCAUCCAUGCCAGAAUCGAGGUGUAUGUAUGAGUGUAGGAUUUGACCAGUAUAAAUGUGACUGUACCCGAACAGGAUUCUAUGGUGAAAACUGUACCACACCUGAAUUUCUGACAAGAAUAAAAUUACUCCUGAAACCCACUCCCGACACAGUGCACUACAUACUUACCCACUUCAAGGGAGUCUGGAACAUUGUCAAUAAGAUCUCCUUCCUGCGAAAUAUGAUUAUGAGAUAUGUGUUGACGUCGAGAUCACAUUUGAUUGAGAGUCCGCCAACUUAUAAUGUGCACUACAGCUAUAAAAGCUGGGAAGCCUUUUCUAACCUGUCCUAUUAUACCAGAGCUCUUCCUCCUGUGCCUGAUGACUGCCCAACACCCAUGGGUGUGAAAGGGAGGAAAGAGCUUCCUGAUUCGAAAGAAGUUGUGAAAAAAGUACUUCUAAGAAGAAAGUUCAUUCCUGAUCCCCAGGGCACAAAUCUGAUGUUUGCAUUCUUUGCCCAGCACUUCACCCAUCAAUUUUUCAAGACAGAUUUUGAACGAGGACCAGCUUUCACUAAGGGAAAGAACCAUGGGGUGGACUUAAGUCAUGUUUAUGGUGAAUCUUUAGAGAGACAGCAUAAGCUGCGCCUUUUCAAGGAUGGAAAAAUGAAAUAUCAGAUGAUUAAUGGAGAGAUGUAUCCUCCCACUGUCAAAGAUACUCAGGUUGAAAUGAUCUACCCGCCUCAUAUUCCUGAACACUUGAAGUUUGCUGUGGGCCAGGAGGUCUUUGGUCUGGUGCCUGGUCUGAUGAUGUAUGCCACCAUUUGGCUGCGGGAACACAACAGAGUGUGUGAUGUGCUUAAACAAGAGCAUCCAGAAUGGGGCGAUGAGCAGUUGUUCCAGACAAGCAGGCUAAUCCUGAUAGGAGAAACUAUUAAGAUUGUGAUUGAAGACUACGUACAGCACUUGAGUGGCUAUCACUUCAAACUGAAGUUUGACCCAGAGCUGCUUUUCAACCAACAGUUCCAGUACCAAAACCGUAUUGCUGCUGAGUUUAACACGCUCUACCACUGGCAUCCCCUUCUGCCUGACGUCUUUCAGAUUGAUGGCCAGGAGUACAACUAUCAGCAGUUUAUCUAUAACAACUCUGUCUUACUGGAACAUGGUGUCACUCAGUUUGUUGAAUCAUUUACCAGGCAAAUUGCUGGCAGGGUCGCUGGCGGUAGGAAUCUUCCAGCCGCAGUAGAGAGAGUAUCAAAGGCUUCACUUGACCAGAGCAGAGAGAUGAAAUACCAGUCUUUUAAUGAGUAUCGCAAACGUUUUCUGCUGAAGCCCUAUGAAUCAUUUGAGGAACUUACAGGAGAGAAGGAAAUGGCUGCCGAGUUAGAAGCGCUCUACGGAGACAUAGAUGCCAUGGAGCUGUAUCCCGCCCUUCUGGUAGAGAAGCCCCGUCCCGACGCCAUCUUUGGGGAGACCAUGGUAGAAGCCGGAGCACCAUUCUCCCUGAAAGGACUCAUGGGUAAUCCUAUAUGUUCUCCUGAGUACUGGAAGCCUAGCACUUUUGGUGGAGAAGUAGGUUUUAAAAUCAUCAACACUGCCUCAAUUCAGUCUCUCAUCUGCAGUAACGUGAAAGGCUGUCCCUUUGCCUCAUUCAGUGUUCAAGAUGCACACCUCACCAAAACAGUCACCAUUAACGCAAGCUCUUCCCACUCGGGACUAGACGAUAUCAACCCCACAGUCCUACUAAAGGAACGUUCAACCGAACUGUAG